CUACCAGCGGUGAAGUAAAAAAAAUAAAAAUAGGGGCGAAAUGGCGGAGUUACGCAGCAGUAUGUUAAAGUUAUUUUCAUUUCUCUUCUUUUUGCUCUGCUUUGUCACUCUGCGAGUUUCCUCGUGUGGAAUAAGUACACAUAUAGACAUUGGCCAUCAGGCUAUCAACUGGUUUAAAGAUACAAGAAAUAACACUGAUUACAGGGAAAUCAUUCUGAGGCACCAAGACGCGUUCAUAGGCGGAAAUCCAUAUCCGGACGCCAUGUAUUCGGGUUUGUGCUUUAAAGGAAAAUUUCAUGCGGUUGCUGAAGAUACACAUUGGGCUCCCUUUAUUAAUGCCACUGUUAGGUAUAUCAGGAAGAAAUACCCAAAACCUUGGGAUCAGGAGACAGAAAAGUUGGUUGCUUUUACCCUGGGAUUUGUAUCACACCAAGUAGCAGAUGUGACAUGGCACAGUCUUGGGAUUGAUCAAGGAUUCCUCACCACAAUGGGAGAUGUUAAUUUCUUUGGUUCCUUUCCAGCAGCUCACAAUAUUGGUGACCCUGGUGGAGAUAUGGUUGUGUCAUUUGAGGGGGACACAAGGAAUAUAACUGCUAGCAUUAAUGAGUGGUAUGUUCCAAGUGGAGAUCUAGAAGAUAUUUAUCUUGAAUAUUAUGGGGAAAAAAAGAUUGACAAAAAUGAGAUAGAACUCUGCACUGCCCUCCUUUUGCUUGGUUGGGUUGGAGAGCACAUUGGUGGAGCUAAGUUGUUUUCUAAGUAUUCAAAGACUUCUCCCUUUUUAAUGGAGGACCUGCACUCAUACUUCCAAGGGGGUGUAGCAGACAUGGCAGCCUGGUCAGUUCUUCUGUGGCACAAAACUAUUGACAUGUUAGAACAUGGAACAGAUGUAUGUGUUAUUCCACAUAGCCCUCUCUUUAUUUCUUGCAAUACGAGUGAUUCUGCUACAGCUUCAUCAAGGAGACAGUUGGACAAAAAACUCAAGAAUCCUGGAACAGUUACACCAGCAGAAAUACUUAAGCUUGCCGAUUUUUCUAAUAUAAAUAUGAAGCAGACCAAGAGAGGCACUUACUUUUCAUUGUCAGAGUCUCUUCAUGAAAAGAUGUUGAAAAGCAAAAGUUUGUCAAGGGAUUGCCAUGGUUCUCAAAACUGCCAUUUAAAAGUGAUGUCAAAUGAGAACAGUGCAGAUAAAAGGGCAUUAUUAAUGUCUGCAGAAUAUUCAUCAACUGUGCCUUAUGCAAGAUUAGGAUGGUCUCUUGCCUAUGGCAAUUUCAAUGGUCAGAAUAUUUCCCUUGUGAUUGGAGCACCGGGGUAUGGUACCCCAGGCAACAGCCAACAUGGGCGGGUAUAUCUUGUUACUGGUGAUGCUGACAGGGGCUUACCUGAUAAAGACUUGGACUUGGAUGUGUCUGCAAACAUGAUUCUGGAUGGUACUGUGGAGAACGGACGGUUUGGUACUGCUGUGGCUGUAGUGGAUUUUAAUAAAGAUGGAGUGGAUGACCUCGCUGUGAGUGCUCCAGCAACAGGUGCAAAUGAUCUUCAGUACACAGGCACAGUGUACAUCUUUUUUGGAACCAAAGAAGAGGGACUCAAUCCCCACCCAAGUGUUGCAAUCUAUGGCAAUGGAACAUAUUACAAUCUUGGUACAUCUCUAUUGGGGGCUGAUAUUGAUGGGGAUGGAUUUAAGGACCUCAUAAUUGGGUCCCCUUAUGCUCCUGAAGGAGGGCCCCAGAGAGGAUCUGUUGCUGUAUUUUUAGCCAAGACACAUAUACAACCUGGUUUGGAUUUGUCUGUGCAUAAUGCAGACUGGAUGGCUCUUGGUGAACAAAAUUACAGUUGGUUUGGUUAUUCAAUGACUGUGACAAAGGAAAGUGGAAAGAUAGUGUUACUUGUUGGUGCACCUACGUUCAGAUUAUGUGCCAAUAAGGACUGCAGUUACUCUAAGGAUGACAUACAAAGUGUUGGCAGAGUGUAUUUGUUCCAUCCCAAUCUAUCACCCCAACCUAUGGCAACAAUAACAGGGCACAAGACUUUCAUGAAGCUUGGAACCAGCCUCUCUGUAGGAAAACCUUACAACAACAGUGAAGACAUCCUUGCAGUUUCUGCUGCAACUCUAUCAUUUGAAGGCCAUUUGGUUGAUGUGGAGGAUAUGCCAGUUUCUUUUACCCAAUCAGGUGCCAUCUACCUGGUAAACUCUACAAAAGUUCUGCAAAGUGGAAGUGAUAUCUCUCUUAAUGAUUUGCAAUAUACUGCCAUUUUUGAAGGUGAUCGCAGCUAUGGCAGAUUUGGUUGGAGUUUGGAUUUCACUGAUGUGAACCAUGAUGGUAUCACAGACUUGGUUUUCUCUGCACCAUUCAGAACAGAAGAUAUUACUGAAGAGUUGAAAGGAGCUGAGGAAGGAGGGCUGUAUGUUUUUUAUGGUGGAACAUCUUUUCCAUUGGGGAAUGCCACAAGAGGAUGUAAAGAAGUGGAACCCUGUCCUGGAGAAAAGGCAUCUAAUGUGAUGAAAAGCAGUGAGGAGAGGUCUCGCAUGGGAACAACAUUCCUGAAUAUCCCCAAUGCAAGGUCAUCUGGUUCAAUCCUAAUUGUCUCAUCACCUCGCAGCUCAUACAAAGCUUUUCAUUCAGGUUCUGUUCAUGUUGUUCAACAUGCCUCUCAAAUGGCUGUUGUCUGACGAAGAUGAAUGUAAAGUAACUGAUAAUGAAAAUCACCUUUAUAAUAAGAUAAUUUGUUUUUAUCAGCUGAACUAAUAAUAUAAAUGGGUCACUGCAAAAGGUCUCUAAAGCUGAUCUCUCAAGUGUUAGCCCUUGGUCAGAGCUAAUUAGCCAGGGUAGCAGUUUAUUUUCUUUCCUUUAUGCCAAGCUAAGAAUGCCAAGGUGUGGUGUGAGUGAUAGGAAGACAUGAUGUAAAAGGGAGCAAAUGCACUCAUCCUGUGAUUUUUUGCUUCGUUUUACCCUUAGCUCAAGUUAUGACUCACUAGCUCUUGGCUGAAAGGAAACAGGAAAAAUUAUUUUUAUUAAUUUUAGAUGCUUUUUUUGUUAACUUUAUUUCCCUAGAAUGAUUGAGUGGGAAGCAAAUACAAGAAAAGAAUAUUAAAUAGUUUAAAUAUUAGUUUUUUUUAAUACAAAAAAAUCACCAGUAGGUCAUGAAAAAUAAUCCCAAGUGGGGUGUAAUAUAGAUUUGGACCAACAAACUUAACCAAUUACUUUUAGGUACUAGUACCAUAUUUUUAUUUUUCUGUUUACAAAUCAAGAUUUUACUCUUUCUGUGCCUUCUUUAUCCAUAAAUUUGCAUCAUUUCUGAUGCAAGCUUCAGUCACGGAGUCUCUCUGCUAACUUUCACUGAAUGAACCAGCAGAAUGUAGUAAAAAUGUGUUGAAUUUUAGCAGUGAAACUUUUUCGAAUCAAAGCCAUUACUGAGCUUUAUGAGAGAUGGACUAAAGGUAGUUAUCCCCUUUAGUCCAACUCAAGUGAGUUUGUGGCUUCGGGAACUUUUUGUAAUUAGAUAAAUUAUUGUAGUUGCCUAUAAUUGUGAGUACUCAUCUUUCAAAUAAAUUUUUACAUCAAAACCCAAAUGAAUUAAGUAUCAAAGGCAUUGCUAUUUAAUAUUGUCAAUGCAAAGAUCUACUGUGUCUCCAUGUUCACCUGGUAGCCAAACCCUCUAACUCCCUAAAAGUGA